AUGAUUCCUUUUGGCGCCGGCAUUCUCGCCUCGAACAUCAUUGCAAACGACCUCAACGCGACAAAUAAGGCAAGCUGGAUCGCGGCUUCGUACCCAUUGACGCAGGGUGCUUUCGUCUUGAUAGGCGGUCGUAUUGGCGCUAUUUAUGGUCAUAAGAAUGUGCUUGUCGCAGCAUGCUUAUGGUGGUCGAUAUUCUCACUGGGCUCAGGCUUUGCUCACAACAUUGUCGCGCUGAUUGCUCUCCGAGCAUUGACGGGAAUUGGAGGUGCUUUCAUGGUACCAAAUGCCAUUUCACUAUUAACCAUCAAUUUCCCUCCUGGGAAGCUCCGAAAUCUAAGUGUAGGUUUCUUUGGAGCCAUGGCCCCGGUUGGGGCGUCUAUCGGCUGCGUAUUUGCCGGACUCUUAGCUCAACUGACACCGUGGAAAUACAUGUUCUUUGCUUUUGCUAUUCUGGGUGUUCUUGUAAUAAUACUCGUUGCACUUGUUGUCCCUGGUGAGACUGAACCUUUAGAUAAACAAGGACGGGUCGACUACGUCGGCUGCUACCUUGGAGUCGCUGGGUUAAUCCUCUUCAAUCUUGUUUGGAACCAAGCGCCAUUCGUAGGUUGGCAGGAGCCAUAUGAAUACGCACUGCUAAUCGCUGCGGUUGUCCAUCUUGCCGCAUUCAUUCUCUGGGAAGCGCGUUAUGCAGCCGAUCCAAUCUUACCUCUCGAUAUAUGGACGGCACAAUCCAUCAGUCCAAUGUUAUUGGCAUCAUUCAUUUCUUUCAUGGCGGUCGGCAUCUUUAUAUGGUACUGCAAUACAUGGAAUGUCACAUUACGAGGAUACUCGACUUUGCUCUGUGCUGCUACCUUUGUUCCACUAGCAAUUGGAGGAUCUACGGCUGCCAUAGUCAGUGGAUUAGUUGUACCACUCUUAGACGCCCAGUAUAUCCUCGUGAUUGGCAGCGCCUGCACCAUGGUUGCAUGUAUUCUCAUCGCAACGAUGCCGGACAAGCAGCAAUACUGGCCUCAGAUGUUUCCGGCAAUUACAGUUCUCAGCUACGGGCCUGACUUCCUCUUCGCAGCAUCGCAGAUCAUCGCAAGCAAUACUGUAAAGAAGCACCAACAGGGAAUUGCAGGUUCACUGAUUGGUACAAUUGUUGCUUACGGGCAGAGCACGGGUAUUGGGUUCGCCGGAACUGUCGAGGCUUAUACCAAUAAUCAUGGCGCCAAUAUCGGAGACGGAUAUCGCCAUGCAUUGUAUCUUGGAAUCGGACUCGCUGGAUUGUCAAUCAUUAUCGCUGUAUGCUUUAUUCGUAUACCCAAAGAUACCCGCGAUGGGUGGGCUGAUGAGGAGCAAACUGUUGUGGGAGAUCUGUCGGAUCAAGGUGAACAGACCACAACUGAUGUGAUCGUUGAUUCUCAGAGUAAGCAGUUGCAGUAA